ACUGUUGUCAGCUGGAGCUCUCACACACUCGCACACAAGCGCUCAGGCCGUCCAGCAGGCGAGGAAACACAGGUAUCAUGACCCUGCUCCAGGACAACCUCCACUCUGAAUCCUCCAACAGAUGCCUUGUCCACCACUGAAACGUCAAGGCAACCUCUUGAAAAACAUGAUGAGGAAUCUCUGAGGAAGUGUUCUAUUUUAUUUUUUCAUACUUGCCGCAUUUGAAUUGUCCUCAGACCUCAGGGAUUGUAACAGUAACAUGAGUGUGAAGAGUAAAAAGGCCGGGCUGGUCAUCAGCUGGCAGAAGUCAUUCUCCAUCCUGGCUCCUUGGAGGAAAGGAAAAGGAGACAGAGAUACAGUACUGGACAGUGAGGUUGUCCUGACCAAAAUGAAGCUCUUCAGCAACUUCCAAGAGAGGUUCCUGAUGGCCGAAGACAACGCGUCCACCACCUCCACCGUGUCUGUUACAAAGCAGGACAUUUCGCACCCCGCCAAAGCCUCUGAGGUGAAUUCCCAUCUUGAUGACAAGCCUGGACAGCCUCGGAUGGAGUCUGACUCCGACUACUUGUCUGCCAUUUUCUUACACUCUCAGCUGCCGAGGUUGUACAAGUUUGAGUCGGAGGACUCAGGAGUGGAGCUGACAAGUGGAGCUAACUCUCCGUCCACCCCGACAGGCUCUGAGCAGAGCUUCAUGGUCCACAGUCGAGAGCCCUCCUGCAACACCUGCAACCUAAACUCUGACCCUACCACUCUCCCUGAUAAACUAGUCACAUAUGCACAGAGCUCGGAGAUUAAACAGGCAGAGGACUCAGUAGAUAACAGUCUGAGCAUAGCAGUGGAUACUCAGGAUAAUGUGUUCAUGCACUCAGAGGAACUCAGUUCAGCUGCGAGAGUGGAACUGCACAUAGGUGAGGACGUGGAUAGAGACCAGUGUAUGGCUUCAGGAAUCAGCCCUGAAAGGCAUGAGGAGAUGUCUGGACAGCUCAAGGAGAACAGUGCUGUAAGUGAAAGGACCUGCUUAGAGGAUACGAGGUCUGGGAAGCAAACCUCAACAGGAGCCUGUGAUGACAUGGCGACCACUGACUUUCAGCCAGAGCCUAUAAGGAGGAGUGCCACCAGUGACAGCCUGAGGGAGUACAUGGACGAAUGCUGCAGACUUAGUGAGGCACAGCAGAGUCCCAACCCUCUGGGUUCAGGCCUGGGUUAUCUGCAGCACAUCUGCCAACUCAUCGAGAAGAUCGGCCAGCUGCAGGAGACCAACCUCCAGCUGCAGAGGCACAUCUGCAGCCUGCAGAAGGACGACAGGAUGACAAAGACCAAAGAGGACUUUUUCCAGCAGCACUGCAGCUGUGGAGCAGCCAGCCUGGCCUUCCACGACGUCCACAAGAGACACUUCAGAAGUGAGUGUCUGUCCCCCAGUGGAACCCUCUCUGACCUGUCCACCAUCCACGAGGUCACCCGGCAUCCACUCAUAUCAGCCAGGAGAGACAUGAGCGCUGAGGGUCUGACUCCUGUCCCUCUGUGGAGGAAAGGCUUGAACCGAAGGAGUUACACUGAGGGGGAGGUCCGCUUCCUCGGAGACAGCACGGAUGGACUCUCCGCCCCCCAGCGCAUGCUGAGUGAAAACUGUACAUGGGGCCGAGUCAAAGACCUGGUGAGGAAAUCUAAGAUGAGGAACCAAAGCAGGCUGGGAAUGACUUCCACCUCACUGAAGAUGUCCUGCCCACAACUCUACAUGCCUGAUCUGGAACCAGUAGAACCUGCUGCCAGAAACAGGAACUCCAUGAUUGCCUUGGGCCACCAGAGCAAAUUGGACUUCCCGUGGCUACAAUAAACAUCCAGUUCCUCAGAUCCAAUUGGUCUCACAUGGGGAAGAGGGGGACACCGUGACGAUGAUGAGAAGAUUCAAGAC